AUGACUGGAGGUCACGAUACGACGAUGUCGAGCUGCAAAACUUGCAAACGUCCGGACUCGGCCGAUGCCCAGAUGGUUGCCUGCGACAAGUGCCAGCAGUGGGAACACUUCACGUGUGCAGGCGUCGAUGAAACCGUCAAGGAUCGGCAGUACGUAUGCAAGGAUUGCAUGACUAAGGUGAGUGCAGAUAAGUCUAAGCGCAGGAAGCAGCUGAUAGCUGAGAAUCGGUCCGCCAAAUCCGGUGGAAGAUCAGCUUCGAGAAAGGGCUCGAAAGUUCCUUCAAUCCCGGCGAGCCAAACAUCCAGUGCUCGCGCAGCUGCCCUGGAAGCCCAAAUGAAGCUCAUCGAGGAAGAGAAGGCGAUGAAGGAGCAGGAGCUGAAAGAACAAGAUGAGCUGAAAAAGUGGGAACGGGAAGAAGAACAGCGCCAGCUCGAGGAGAAGAGGCAGUUAAUGGAACGAAGAACAGCGAAGACUUCGCCAGCGAGAAUUGGAAGAGAAACGGGCCUUAUUGGCGAAGCAGCAAAGUAUCCGGACGGAAUCAGUGGAAUGCAUGAAUUAAUCAAACGGAUGUCGGAGGCCGAUAGCGGAUGCGGCAGCAGUUCGUGCUCGAUCCCUGACUCCCGAGAGAAAGUGAAGAGCUGGCUAGCAGGUCAAAAUCCUGACGGAAGAUCUUUGGGAAAGAUGGUGGAGGAGCAGAAAGCAAGUACAGGCCUUCACCCGACGGUUCCCCAAGACCCGUUGGCAUUCCAGCUACCCCCAUCGCAACACAGGGUUGCACAGCUCACGCAAGCGGAUCAUCAUUUGCAGAAAAGAAGCCUGCCUCAAGGACUGCAGCAAGUUCGCUCCGAAACAAUCGUUCAGCCGUUUCAGCAGUUUGUAGCAAGUUCCCAGCCUCACCUCCAACUGAAACAACGGACAAACCAGUCCACGCACCAGCAGCUGUGCCAGCUCAUUUGCCGGUCAUUGCAGCAAACCCAACCGUCAGUUCAAUCACGCCAGCCUCCCCCACUGAAGCUAACGGGCCGUCCAUUGAUACAGCAGCAAUCAGACCAACCGUACGGCAUGGUUGCCCAUGGCACACCGCCCGAGCAGCAGUAUGGCGGACAUAAUCAGCCGGAUGCGAUGCGGCCUUCAGUGGUAAUCGAACAACCAUUUCGACGCUAUGCAGUGAUUCCCGAGUCAAGCUGCCCAGUGAACUCUCCUCAGUACCACGGUCACUCGAAUCUGCGAGAAGAUUGGCAGUCCCAUCGACGCCAACAGGACAUCGUGCCCUUGUAA